UUUGAUUUUAUUUAUGUUUAGUUUACAAAUGAGCUUAUCGGUGCUUCUCUGCACCCGAUAGAAUAUUUCUUGAUUUUGUGUUGUAAAGUUCAUUUGAUGUAAUUUUUUACUCACCAUAUUGAAAGCAACUUUUGAAAUUUCUAUUAUAUAUCAGCCAUAAAAUGCCAGGGUCAUGUGCAAGGUGCAGUAAUGUAGUUUAUUUUAAUGAAGAAAAAAUAGCUAUAGGUAAAUCAUGGCAUAAAAGUUGUUUCAGUUGUGCUAAUAAGCAAUGCAACAGACGAUUAGACAGUGGAAAUCUGACUGAACAUGAAGGAGAAAUUUAUUGUCGUUCCUGCUAUGGCAAAUUGUUUGGACCUAAAGGUUAUGGGUAUGGUGUUGGAGCUGGGGUUUUAUCGAUGGACACUGCUGAUGCUUACCGUAAUGGGCCACCAACAAGUAAUAUUCCUGCAGUCGCACAAGCACAUGUAGCACCACUGCAAGCUCCAGUUGUUCCAAAAUCCUCACAGCCAAGAUGGGGAGGUGCAGAUGUUUGCCCUCGCUGUGGCAAAGCUGUAUAUAUGGCUGAAAAAAUGAUGGGUGGAGGAUCGGCUUGGCACAAAACAACUUGCUUUAACUGCAAAGAAUGCCACAAAAGGUUAGAGUCUAUGACAUUAUGUGAACGAGAAGGUGAAAUUUAUUGUAAAACCUGCUAUGGGAAACUGUAUGGGCCAAAAGGUUAUGGAUAUGGCCAAGGAGCUGGCACACUUCAGAUGAGUUAGUUUACAAGGACUGAUGAUGCACGAUUUUAGUUUUAAAUGCUGUUUUUUUUUUUUUAUAUAUAUAUAUAUAUAUAUAUAAAUCUGAUUGACACACUUGCACACAUUGACACGGAAGGCAGCUCUAGAUUAUAUGUUAACUCCCUUCACCUUGACUAUAAAUAAUGUUGUAUUUUGUAUGUGUAAUUUAAAUGAUUUUUUUUUUUUUUUUCCUGUGGCACUUCAUAUAAAUUAUGACAGUUUGCUUAGUAACUGAGUUUUUAAUUACAUAAAAAGUGUUGAGAAUGCACAUUAAAAAUAUCUUUUUCCAAUGAGUGAAUGAAUUUAACAUCUAUGUAAUAAGAAUGGGAUUCUGUAAGCCUAAGAAGUUAUUUAUUAUUAUAAAAAAUUUGUUGUGGAAAAUGGAGAGUAAUGCUCUUUGUUUUUCUUUAUUUCUCUCUGAUGUGAUUUUAUUGUCUAUAUUUAAAUUAAUUCUAAAGUUUUCUUUAUCUGCUCUUCCCAUAAAGUUUGCUAUUAUAGAUUUUUUUUUUUUUUUUUUUUUUUGGUAAAAUGCUAAUGUGCUGGCUAGUUUACCUCUAAUGUUCAAAAUCUGAAAUAAGUAAUUUCAGUGUUAUAAAAUAUAUAUGAAUGUUAAGAUGUUAGAGGUUAAUAUGAUAACUGUCAUAUAGAGCAAGUAUAUGAUAUAUGUUAUUUACUUGAAUAAGAAAAUUAUUUCAAGAAUAAAUGUGUUAACUAUUGUUACUAGAAAUUAUCAUAUGCAUGCAUUUAUUAUUAUUUUUUAAUGCAUUUUGAAUUCUACUAAAUAUAUGUGUAAUUUAGCAAAUUCAUAUUUUGGUAGACAAAUGCCUUUACUGUUAUUAAAUAUCAUGCUAUUGUAAAGUUAGAUUACAAUAGGAAUAUACUGUUUGUUCAGAGUAAGCAAUAUUAGCCUUCAAUUUCAACUAAUAGUAUAAAUUAGUAAUAUCAUAUAAAUGUUGAAAUAUUAUAAUUUUAUUCUUGUAAGCAUUUGAUAUAAAUAGCAUUACUUCUUGUUUUGAAGUUGUAAUGAAGUUUAUUGUUACUGAUAAACAAAUUUUGCUCAGAAAAGAUAAAAGAUCUUUCAUGGACUGCAUGACUUAGUCCCUUAAAAAUCAAAAGUAGGCUAAAUACAUCUAUUCUAGAAACAUUUUUUAUUGCUGAAAAGUUUCUUAACUUCAUACAAACAUAUUUUCGUCAAAUACAUAUAAAUUAUAUCUGUUAUCAAAUCCUUACUUCGUACAAGGAUAUUUUUUAAUCGCUUAUAUGUGUUAUCAAAUCUUUUACCUUUCAUAAGAAAUUAAUUUUGAAAGCAGAAAAAAUAUUAUAUUUCUUGGAGGAAAAAAAUGUGCCCCUUUUUUUUAAAUCAAAAUUUUAAAACCAUAUAGAGGUAACUUGUACUUCUCAAGCUACCGAAAUGCUACAUGUGCUCACUAAACUUAACUUCUCCCCUUCUACAGAUAUGUUUCAGUUUAUUUUAACUGUUUAAUGUCUACUUUUCUGGUAAAAUUUAUAUGCAUUCAGUGAUUUAGAAUUUUCAAAACAUCAUUAAUAAGAUCUAAAUUACUUGCAUUCCUCAGAUGUGUAGUGAAAGAUUAGAUAUUUUUUGGUCUGAUAUGUUAGAUUUAUAUGUUAAACUAGUUCAUUGUUUAUUAUUAUAUUAUUUAACAAUUUAAUACAUUUUAGAAAACUCACAAGAUAUUUUCUUUGAUUGAUUUGGUGUUCAUUUUCUUUCUUUUUUAUAUGAAUGUUUGUUGAAAUAUUUUUUUUUUUUUCCCCUAUCGAAAAUAUUUGUCCUAAUUUGGUAGAUUCUAAUCACAGGAUUAAAAACUUUAUUUUACUGUGUUUUAUACUGGAUUUCAUUUCUCAUAUCUUACUUCAAUACCGUGCUGUUGUUUCAUAUGAUUUGUGUGACGUUAAAUGUGAAGGUAUCAUAGCAUACAAGGUUGUAAAAUUUUAUAAUCAGAAAUCACGUGUAAUUACUGAGUAUAUUGCCAAAUUAUUGACUAUACAUUAUAUAUAUAUAUAUAUAUAUAUAUAUUAAUAUCUGUAUACAAUUCAUUGUUAAAUAAUAUUAUCAUAGAUUUAUAAAAA